UCCGGGCGCGGAGCUUGCACGGGGGGACGCGGGCGCUGCCGUGCCCGCCCGAGGAGCAGGAGCUGAGCCAGCGCCUCCGCCGCCUCUACCCGGCCGUGAACCAGGCCGAGACGCCGCUGCCCCUCCUGGACCCAAGGACAAGUACAACACAUGGCCUCUCGCAGGGAACCUGCGCGUCCAUACAAAGGUCAUGGGAAAAAUCACAAAGACGCUGCAUCAGUCAGGGCUACACACCCCAUCCCUGCAGCUUGUGGCAUUUAUUACUUUGAAGUGAAGAUUGUCAGUAAAGGUAGAGAUGGGUACAUGGGAAUAGGACUCUCAGCCCAAGGAGUCAACAUGAACAGACUUCCCGGUUGGGAUAAACAUUCGUAUGGUUACCACGGUGACGAUGGGCAUUCCUUCUGUUCUUCGGGGACAGGGCAGCCCUAUGGCCCCACCUUCACUACUGGAGAUGUGAUUGGCUGCUGCGUCAACCUCAUUAAUAACACCUGCUUCUACACAAAAAAUGGCCACAGCUUAGGCCUUCCCUGUGAAUCCUUCAACCUGAAGACAUUGGCUGUGAGAGACCUUCCCCUCCACCCCCCACCCCCCCCGUAACAAACUGAAAUUGCCAUGGACCAGAUCACCCUCCCCCUUUCUGGCUUCACUCCAGUUUGUCAGGUUAGCGAACAUGCUUCACAGGCCACUUCUGGAGAACUGUGGCAGUAGGGUGAAAAGAGCCCACUCUUCAAACCAAGUCUUGGCAGUUGGACUGCAUCAGAUUGGUGGAGACACAUCAAACCCGGCUGAGUUUUGUUCCUGCCCAAUGGCUUUGCUCAAGUAGUCUGAUAGAAUGGCUGGCAGCUGUUUGGCUCAGCCCAGCGACGGCUCACAGGUAAGUCUUUUUAGUUACAAUUAGC